UCAGUCGUCAAAAUAAAUUCGGACGAACAGCAUUAAUUUUUCAUUGCGACGCUGCAAAUUUAAUUUGAUUUCUGUUCUCGCUUUAGUGAGCUACAUAAUUGCAUUUGAUUAUUGUUGAUGUUAUCAGACGAUUAAGGGACAAUACAAUGACUGUAGGAAUACACAGUAUAGCUCAAAUGGCCAAAGUCACUGGAUUUCAAUUGGCACCGUUCUUCAAAGGAGCAAUACUUUACUUUGUAUUUUACAAGUUUGAUUAUUAUGGAAGCAAUCUACUAUCGACAAUUUUAAAAUGUGCUCCCAUCUUUUACCUGAUGAUAUUUUUACUGAUGAAUGACUACAAAGAACCGAGACAAGUUCGACACAAGAGAUUCCUCUUGACUGGUUUAUUCUUCUCAUUAAUUGGUGAUAUUAUGUUGGAUUAUAAGGCUGGCGGUGAAAAUGCGUUUGCUAUUGGAAUGGCAUCGUUUGCCGUAGCACAGAUUAUUUACGUGAUAUCGUUUGGAUUUAAGCCUUUAAGACCUAUUAUCGGAUUGGGUUUUUACGCUAUAGGGGGUAGUGUUAUCGCAAUAAUUUUCAAGAGCUUCAAAGGUAUCUUCAUAGUGGCAAUUCCAAUCUACUCACUCCUUCUGGAAACGAUGGUAUGGCGUGCAUUCGCUAGAGUUAUAAACAUCAAAAGCCUUCCUCAAAUUUGCUGUGCUAUUGGAGCUCUGUUGUUCAUUAUCAGUGACAGUCUCAUUGCUGUGAAUAUGUUUUUAUUGCCCAUACACAACGCACAAGUUUUAAUCAUGAUUACGUACUAUUUGGCACAAUUGGGAAUCACUUUGUCGGUGCUGGAUGUUUGAAAAAUGCAAAAGUUUCAGUUGAUCUUUUAAAUUAAUCCAGUAAAUUACAUAAGGAAGAUAUUAUACUCAAAGGUUACUCUAUGGCAUGAAAUUUCAGUCUUUAAUGAUACAAACUAAGGGGUCACUUAUGACGUCCGAAAUUAACGGAUUUCCAGGAAUUUCUAUUGUUCUUUUUUUGCUGACCCCCCCCCCCCCCC